GGCGGGAGCGGUUUACAAACAGUGCCCCGAGCGCCAGCGUCGCCGAGUCCGGGCUCCGGCGGCACCGCGGGCGGCCGCCCUCGCUUCCCUCCUCCCUCCUGCCCCACCUCAGGAUGCCGGCCGGGGAGGCGGCUCAGGCACAGGUGCUGGAGUUCUUUGUGGCACUGAACUUGCCUUCAAGUGCAUUUUGCCCAAUGCAACUAUUUUAAGGUUUUGUACAGAAAAACUAAGUGUGACUGACUGUUUCUGCAGACUUGAAAAAUCAGAAGACAAUUCAAGAAACCUCAUUCGUGUCACUGAGAGAAGCAGUGAUGCACUUUCAGUGAUGUGUUAACACAGGUAAAAAUGGAAAAGAAAUAAUCUUUUGCUCCUGGAAAAAAAUCUUUUUCUUGGCAGAAGACUUUGAACUUAGCAGACUUGCAAGCACAUGUUGGAGAACUUUACAAGUGUCCUUAUCGUGAUCAGUGAACAUCCCCCAAAGAACUGAAACCUGACAUUAAAACACGUAAUAGGGAACAGAACGUAGGAAACAUGCCAACUCAGCCUCUCUUGGCAUAUAUGGAUGGACUGGAUGGAAUAGCCAGUACUGUUGGUGCACAGAUGGAGAAUAAUGAUGCCUCAAUGACAAUAAAAGGAACAAAUACCAUUUCUUACAAAAGCUUGCAAGAAAAAUUUCUUAUGCAAGCUGAAGGAUGUAUGCCUCUGGACUGCAUGUUUUGUGAUGAGACUUUUAAGCAUCCUGAAGAACUUGGAAAGCAUGUUUUAACUCAGCAUAGGCCUACUCUUUGUGAACCAGCUGUCCUGCGUGUUGAAGCAGAGUAUCUUAGUCCUCUAGAUAAGUGUCAAGUAAGAACAAAUUUGCCUUCACCAAACGAUGAAAAGGACAGUGAAGAACUUAGUUGUGAAGUUUGUGGACAAACGUUUGAUGAGGCUUUUGAUGUUGAAGCACAUAUGAAAAAGCACAAAGAUUCUUUCACAUACUGGUGUAAUGUAUGUGGAAGAAGAUUCAAAGAGCCGUGGUUCCUCAAAAAUCACAUGAGAACACAUACUGGGAAGCCUGGUUCUAGAAACAAGCUUCAGCAAGGUUCUGAAAGCCCCAUCACAAUAAAUGAGGUGGUGCAGGAGCAUAUAACUGAAAAUGUAACAUCGCCUUACAAAAUCUGUAUGGUCUGUGGCUUCCUAUUUCUCAAUAAAGAGACUCUACUUGAGCACAGUAAGGUGCACACCAAAGAAUCAGUACCCAAUGGCGAAAGCCCCCCGGUGACCGGUGAUCCCAAUCUGGAAGAAACAUCUCACAGAGAAGAGUUUUUGCGAUUUUUGAACUUAAGACCAAAAGUGGUUCUGGAAAAUGACAAAUCACAAAAACCUGUGAAAUGGAUUGCUGAGCUGGAUCCGUUCAACACAUAUCAAGCAUGGCAGCUGGCUACCAAAGGUAAAGUUGCAAUUGGCCACGGCCAAACUAAAGAAUCAGGACAAGAAGGAAGCACAGACAACGAUGAUUCAUGUUCCGAUAAAGAAGAACUUGGUGAAAUUUGGAAUGCAAAUAAAGGUAGCCAGACUGAAACUACAGGGAAGUCAAAAGUAAAUAAAAACAGCAGUUAUACAGGGAAUAGUAACUUAUACCGACACAAACUGAAACAUCCCAACAGUGAAGUGCCUUCUAUGGAGAUGGAUUCUAAAUUGUCCCAGAACAAAGAGAAACCAACACACUGUUCAGAGUGUGGCAAAGCCUUCAGAACAUACCACCAGCUAGUCCUUCAUUCUAGAGUGCAUAAGAGAGACAGGAGGACAGAUGGGGAGACUUCAGCUGCUUCAAGGUCGUGCUGUACUGAUAUAAUUGCAAGCCUAGAUGAAAAUGGAACAGUGGAGCGAGUGGAAGGAGGGUCUGAAGAUGGCUCUGAAGACGGGCUUCCAGAAACACUGCAUUUAGAUAAAAAUGAAGAUGUUUUGGAAAGAGCAAAAGUUAAAAAUCUUGGAGCCUCCAGAGAAUGCAGCUAUUGUGGAAAGUAUUUUCGCUCAAACUAUUACCUCAAUAUUCAUCUCAGAACUCAUACAGGUGAAAAACCAUACAAAUGUGAAUUCUGUGAGUAUGCUGCAGCACAGAAAACUUCACUGAGGUAUCAUUUAGAGAGGCAUCACAAGGACAAGCAAGCUGAUAGUGCAGCAGAUGUGAAAGGUGACAGCAAAGCUUCAUUGCAGAGUCAGGAGACGGAGCUGUUUCUGGUUGCUGAUGGUGCUCAAGAAACCAAAAAUUUGAAGAGGCUUUUUGAUGGUGCCAAAGAUGCUGAGGGCUGCCCACCCACAAAGCAGCAAAAGGAAAUCCUGUCCUUGAAUAAUGCAACAGGCAGCACAGUCCUUGUAAGAAUGAAAAAUGAUUCUAGGGAAUCGAUCAAACGUUCAGUUUGUAACAAUUUGAAUCAAAUGCAUGAGAAUGGGUCCGCUCCUUACUUGGAAAAACUAAAGUCUGAGAAGGAAACAAAGGAAGUUCAGCCCAGUGCUUCGCAUAAAAGAGAGAGAGAGGCUUCUGUGGAAUCAGAGGGAGAUGAUGUCCAGUAUGUUUGUGCUUUUAAGGAUGGAAAAAAUACAACUGAUGUACGAGAGUGCUGUGAGAACUCCAAACACAAACAUGUGGUGGAUGCUCAAGAAAUGCCCUUGAACUUAUCUAUUGGGACUUCACAAGAAUGUUCAGUGGUUUCAACUACUAGAGGCCUAGUACCCAGCACCUGCCCAUUUUGUACUUACAGAACAUUCUACCCAGAAGUCCUAAUGAUGCACCAGAGGCUGAUGCACAAAUAUAACCCUGACACCGUUAACAAAAAUGGCUAUAGAAACAAGGCUCUAGCUAAAGCCAGACGCACUGGAUGCCCUCCUGCCCUGCUUGGUAAAGAUGUGCUUCCUCUGUCCUUUAAUCCUAACAAAAGUAAGGCCUCCCCAUCUAUUCCACAAAAACUGUUGCAAACGGGGAAAUCCAAGCAGUGUCAUCCUCCCCAGAACAAAGUCUCUCUCUUUGCAAUGGCUGAUUCAAGCAGCGCAGCCCCGAGUAACCUCAAGUUUCAUAAACAGCAAAGUAGUAUUGGAGCUCAGGCAAAUAAUUAUAGACAACCUCAGCAAGAAAUGCACUCCAGUUCCAGUGGCUCUCCGGUACUGGACAGAGUAAAAAGAGCUGAAUCUAAAAUGAAAGCUCUGAAUGUCACAGUGUCUCAGUCUGGUGCAGUAAGCAGCAGUAUGAAUGGGGCUCUUGACUCUCACCUAAACGAAUCUGCCUGGUCUUGUCAUCGAGGAAGAGACUAUCUUUGUAGUAAAUCUGUGGGCAAUGCAAAUCUAGAAUAUGGUGAAACAUCAUCUAAAAGAAUGAAACAUAGUGUGGUAGUUAUUGAACAAAGUGACUGUGCAGUGGCUAAUUACAGAAGAUAUGAAACGAGCAGAUUUCGUGUUGCAAACAGAUAUGCAAAUCUGCUACCUCAGGAAUGUUCUCGCACCAAACCUGCAUCCUCUGUUUUGCCAACCAAACAAGGGCUUCUGAAUUCGGAUGAUGCUGAUCCUCCUAAAGUACUGACUGUUCUCAAACCUUAUGAGCCAUAUAGCUCUGGAUCACUUUACAGUUCUUGUGGAUCUAGCAAUGGCCAAGUCACCAGCUCUACAGUAGAAGGAAAAAGAUCAGUGUCAUACCAACACCUAUCUAGCAGUGUGCUGCAAAAGCGAAGUUAUGAGAGUUUCAUUGGCAAUGCACGCUUUCGACCAAAUGACAAGAAGACUUGAUGGUUUACUUCAGGAAACGGUCUUAAGGACACAAGUGCAUGUUCUAUGGAGUUAUACCUGCAGUUCAUCCCUUGAGGAAAAUGAAUGGUGAAAGCUACUGAACUAAGCUGUGAUUGUACUGUAUAUAAAAACACUACAGUUCUAUAAUAUUGGUUCUGUUAACAUUUUAAUACCAAAUAGCCAUAAAAGGUAGUCUAAACAAUGGGUUAUGAAGGUGUGUGGGGAAUGUAUGUCUUGACAUUGACUUGGAGUAUUUUUCAUUAGAAUAAUUGACCAAAUAUUAGGUAGGAAUUAUAUUUUUACAUACUUGAGCGCUGCUGAAAAGAGUUUCUUUGAAAGAAUAUAUAGUCCUUGCACCUCAGGUAAACUGUAAAUACAGAAGUUGAAAUCCUGUUGGUUUAAUGCUCCUUUUUCAUAAGGGUGAAAGUUUCUCAUAUGCUGUUUUUCCUGUUUAAACAACUUCCAAAUAAACUGUCUGAAACUGUC